GGGGCCGGGCCAGGCGGCUCCGGGCCCGCCGCCGCCGCCAUGCCCAAGGUGGUGUCGCGCUCCGUGGUGUGCUCCGACACCCGCGACCGCGAAGAGUACGACGAUGGAGAGAAGCCGCUGCAUGUCUACUACUGCCUGUGCGGGCAGAUGGUGCUGGUGCUCGAUUGCCAGCUGGAGAAGCUGCCGAUGCGGCCUCGGGACCGCGCCCGCGUGAUGGACGCGGCCAAGCACGCCCACAAGUUCUGCAACGCCGAGGAGGAGGAGAGCGUGUUCCUGCGCAGACCCGAAGGCAUAGAGCGGCAGUUCAGGAAGAAGUGUGGCAAGUGUGGACUGCUGCUCUUUUAUCAACACCAACAGAAAAAUGCUCCUGUGACGUUCAUUGUUGAUGGUGCUGUGGUCAAAUUUGGCCAGGGUUUUGGGAAAACAAACAUAUAUACUCAGAAACAAGAACCUCCUAAAAAGGUGAUGAUGACCAAACGGACCAAAGACAUGGGCAAGUUCAGCUCUGUCACAGUGUCCACAAUUGAUGAAGAGGAGGAGGAGAUUGAAGCGAGGGAGAUUGCAGACUCAUAUGCACAGAAUGCAAAAGUGAUUGAGAAGCAGCUGGAACGCAAAGGCAUGAGCAAGAAAAGACUACAAGAGUUGGCUGAGUUGGAAGCCAAGAAAGCCAAGAUGAAGGGAACCCUGAUUGAUAACCAGUUCAAAUGAAAUGCUGUGUAUCUGCUGGGUGUUUGGAGACAGGAGAAAACUGCCAAGAGCUAUCACAGUUCUGUCAACAAAGCAGAAGUAACAGACAACGUUCAAGAGUUGCACUGUGCUGCAGCCAGCUUGGAGGAUGAGAAUCUCUCUGGAUCCUCUGUGUACUCUGGGUACCAGUCUUAACUCCAAUGGCAAUGAAGACUUUGCUCAAACUGCACUUCUCUACAGACCCAGUGUUAUGAGCAGGCUGUUGCAGAUAGAAUAUUUACUUUCAAGAAAAUCUUUGCUGCGUGCCUUCCCAAGUUCACCUUCAGAUACCUGUCUUUUUAUUUUGUAGUUUUCAAAUGUGUUUCCUUGAAUACAUUAGGACAACAGGUACAACAAAGAAAUCCUUACAAAAGUAAGCUCUAUGCCUGUUGUUCAUUUUGUUAUUUUAAACAUAUCCAAAAGGUGCAGCAGCCUGAGCCAUGCCACUCCAGGAUGGUCCGGAACAACUGGGAUGCAAAGCUUGGGCCUGGUGCUGCUGCUCACCCUGAGCUGCCAGCACAGACUGGGCUGCUGCACUGCAGGCUCAGCUCCUGCUGAACAUCACAAGGCUGCAGUUGUACAGACACACACCAGAGUGGAAAAUCCAAGCCUGUUUUAAACUACUGUAAAUAAAAACUGCUACUAAUGAGUUCAAAUAUGUGUUUGGAAGUUACUGAUACAGCCAGUGAUCAUUAAAGAAUACAGCUGCACAUCUGAAGUAGCCCAUUGGGCAAAACAGUAUCAGUAUUUGGAGUUGUGAAAUGUGAAGGAAAAAUUGUUUUGAAUGUACUGACCACUAAGGCCUUGGAUGGACAACAUUACACACCAGUUUUUAAAGUACCUUGUUUGGGUAAUGGUACUCUGUGCCUCUUGCAUGAUGUAAUGACAGUGCUCUCUAGCCCAUGGCUUCAUUGCUCUACUUUGGAUUAAAUAUCAUGUUACAGAUUUGAACUAAAAA